AUGGCGCAAAAACCUGUCCUUAUCUCUGGCGCUGGCCUGGCGUCCCUCCUGCUUGCACGCUCUCUUUUGUUGUCCAAGAUUCCAUUCCUGGUCUUUGAACGCGAUGCUUCUCUUUCUUUCCGGGGACAAGGAUAUCGUCUGCGACUGUCGUCUGAAGGGUUGGAUGCGAUCGAGUCGGUUCUGGACCCAGAGGCCUUCCAACGCUUCUAUGACCGCUGCGGCAAGACGGGAGGCCGUGGGUUUACAGGUUACGAUGCCGUCACGGGCGAAGUCUUCGAAGAGAGCAAGAUGGGUGAGAGUCUCGGAUCGAGGGACGGGAAGAUUAUAGGCAUAGCCCGAGGUGAGAUGAGGAGGCUUUUUAUGGAAGGCUGCGAGGAAUUCGUGCACUUCAACAAGCACGUCAAAGGCUAUGAGCUGACCGACGACGGUGUCCGAGCCAUUUUCGACGAUGGCUCGAAAUCGGAGGAAGGGUCACUCCUGGUCGCGGGUGACGGCCUCAAGUCGAGUGUGGCCAAGCAAGUAUCUGGUGGCCGACUCAAGGUCUACGACACCGGCGCAAGGGGCAUCCACGGACAAGCACCGACGACGGCUUUCAAGGGUCUAGGGGAGGGCGUGUUUCGGCUUCAGGAUGACUCCAAACCUUCUGGACGAGUAGGACUGAUCACCAACGUGCGGCCCAACGACAUGGACGACCCCAACGUGGAAUUCGGCUGGACGCUAUCCGCCAUGCCUGGAGUUAUCAAGCCCCCAAACGACGACUACACCAUUGUGGGCAAGACGGCGGCGGACAUUGCCAAGUCCCUCACGAAGGACUGGCACCCUCGCUUCAAGCCUUUGCUCGAUGAAAUGAAUGAAGCCGAGGCCGCCUUCUGGAAGAUCACUUGCUCGACUCCCAGCGGAGUGCCACAAUGGCCCAACGAGCCUCGCGUGACGGUGAUUGGAGACGCGGCUCAUUCAAUGACUCCUGCAGGUGGAAUUGGUGCAAAUACCGCCGUCCGAGACUCGGCUCUGCUAGGACGGUUGUUGCGCGAGGCAGGCGGCUACAAAGAGGGCUUGACGGCUGAGUAUGAGAAGGGAAUGAGAGUGUAUGCAAGCGAUGCUGUUGGACAGAGUUACGGCAUGGCCACCAAGAUGUUCAAGGUUGUGAUCAAUGAAUCAUCACGUCCGAUGGAAGCUGAGUAG